GGAGCUUUUUUUUCCUUCUUCUUCUGCUUCUGCUGCUCCGAUGUGGGCAAAGUGGGAGGCAAGAGGAAAAUAUACUAAAGGUAACACAGUCAGUGGAAAAAAGAACACUCGAGGCGGCAGUAUACGAUGAAAUAAGCGUGAAAAGAACACGAUAAAUUUUCAUUCCACUUGUGUGUUUCCACUGUUCUUUCCCACUUUGUUGAACACUUUUGCUGCAAUUUUUCCAACCUCGGGGUCUUCAGGAAGCGAAUCCUCUUCUUCUUCCUUCACCAUGAAAAGCAAGGGUGACUGUUGUAAAAGCGAAAAAGUGACGUGUAUUUUCAUGUGAAGGAGUAAAAAAAAAGGAAGAAGGAGAAAAGAAAAAAACACAGAGUGAAAUGUAAAAUAUAACAUGGAUAAACCUUUCACAAUUUAAUUAAUUUGUGAUGUGAAGAUACUUUUUGUUUGAAAAUAUAGCAUUCAAAUUGCAACUGUCUCUUAGUGUCAAAGCCACGUCAAUGUAGAUGAAUUAAGGAUUGUGCAGUAAUACAAUAAUUCCCUGAUAAAGUGUCACGCGGAGUAAUAAAAUAAUAAUAAGCGCGCGCGCGGCUUAUAAAAAUUCAUAUAUAAAGUGAUACACAAAGUGUGUACUUUUUUUCUUUGCAAUUGAAUAGGGUGGGCUUUUGAGAAAGCCAAUUAACCCAUACAUAUUUUUUCUCUCACUCGGAAAGUGCUUGUCCGCGUGAAUGGAAGGUGAAAAGUCGGAUAACAAAGAGAUUGCUUAGGUGUGAUUAUAGAGGAGAGCUGGGAAAAAGUACACACAUUUAUAAGACAAAUAAGAGGAGAGAAAGAUAAUUCAAAUUGAAAGGAAAAAAAGAUUUCCCGCAUUCGAGAGAGUGUGUAUAUGUGUGAAAAUGUGUUAUCUUCUAAGCUGAUAUCAGUUGGAAAUGUCAAAAGACUGACAAGAUACGUUCGUGUCCACAGAAGCAACUCGACUCCAGUGCACGUUCAGAUGCGGAGUCCAAUUGACUAAUUAUAUUAUUGGUGAAGAAGAGAAAAGCAAGGAAGAGAAAAAAAAAACAGAAAAGAGAGUGUGUUUUCGGGUUGAAGCAAUGGAGUCGGACCUGAAGCGUGGCAUUGACAUUAGACGGAGUAUUCACAAGAGAAAAGCACCGGCUCCGCCAUCAUCAGCCGCCGAUGAUGUGAUGGCGGAGUUGAAUUUGCGGAAUACACUCAAGAGUGGUGGGCCUCCGGUGCAGCCGCGAAGGCAAGUGAUGACUGGUGACCGAAGCAGGGAUCCUUCGGGACAUCGUGGUGUGGAUAUUAAGGAGAAUUAUAGCCUGAAGUUGAGUGAUUUGGAGUGCAAGACGAGGAAUUAUGUGAGUGUGGAGAGGAAACCGCCGGCGCCGCAGCCACCGAAGGCGGAGAGUGGAGAUGAUCCCAUGCUGACCAGUAUUGAUGUGCUGAACAAGCUGCAGAAGCAGAUCAAUGACAUGGAGGUGUAUGCGAAGAUGAAUCCUGUGAAGGCGGAGGACGUCGUGGACAAGGGUGGCCGGAGUGGGCGAUAUCAGGAGCAUGAGAACCUCUUGCAGACGGGAAUUAGCAAUAUUGCCUCGAGACAGGGAUUGGGCUAUCUGAAUCGCGGUGAUGCGGAAACUGAUGAUGAUGAGGAGAGCAUGCGUCCGGUGGAGUUUAAGCGUGGCGGUGAUGCACGGAAUUCAACGGGAGGCGCUCUGGGAAUUGCCUCGAAGUUUCUGCCCAAGACGAAGAUGGCAAAACCGGUGAAUAGAACGGCGUCAGACACAAAGAAUGUGGAGAACACGGUGAAGAUGAUUCGGGCGGGCCUGAAGAAGGGCCCGGCACCGCUGGAGCCCUCAGCGACGCGCAAGACCACCAAAGAGGAGUCUGUGAUUCUGCACACACAUCACGCCGACAGACCGCCGAGGGUGGUGGGUGUGAAUGAGAAGCAGCAGAGUCCUCUGCCGCUGCGACAUCAGGUCUCACCAUCGCCCACACCAUCAGCUGGAGCGCCGCACAAGCGAUCUGACCAUCAGGGCUCCCCUAAUAUGCAACUCCGCAGUGGUGUGCCGUCACGAUGGCGUCCAGCGGAGGAGCACAUUGGCAAGUAUAAGUUGCUGAAGACGAUUGGCAAGGGAAACUUUGCGAAGGUGAAGCUGGCCAAACAUGUACCCACCGGCAAGGAGGUUGCCAUAAAGAUCAUUGACAAGACACAGCUGAAUCCUGGUUCGCUGCAGAAGUUGUUCCGCGAGGUGAGAAUCAUGAAGAUGCUGGAUCACCCAAACAUCGUGAAGCUGUUUCAGGUGAUUGAGACGGAGAAGACACUGUAUUUGGUGAUGGAAUAUGCGUCCGGUGGUGAAGUCUUUGACUAUCUCGUCCUCCAUGGGCGCAUGAAGGAGAAGGAGGCGCGUGCGAAAUUUCGACAAAUUGUCUCAGCAGUUCAGUACUGUCAUCAAAAGCGAAUUAUUCACAGAGAUUUAAAGGCGGAAAAUCUGCUACUAGACAGCGAGAUGAAUAUUAAAAUAGCCGAUUUUGGCUUCUCCAAUGAAUUCACGCCUGGCUCCAAGUUGGACACCUUCUGCGGAAGUCCUCCAUAUGCUGCACCUGAAUUGUUUCAGGGGAAGAAGUAUGACGGACCUGAGGUGGAUGUGUGGUCUCUGGGUGUCAUUCUCUAUACUCUCGUGAGUGGCUCAUUGCCAUUUGAUGGCACAACACUGCGUGAACUGAGGGAGAGGGUACUUCGUGGAAAGUAUCGAAUUCCUUUCUAUAUGUCAACGGACUGUGAAAAUUUACUUCGUAAGUUUUUGGUAUUGAAUCCAGCCAAGAGGGCGAGUUUAGAAGUAAUAAUGCGUGAUAAGUGGAUGAAUAUGGGCUAUGAGGAGGACGAACUGAAGCCCUACACUGAACCAGUGGCCGAUUUGAAAGAUCCCAAACGGAUAGGUAAGACGGAAGCCCUAGUCGCAAUGGGUUACAAUAGGCAAGACAUUGAAGAAUCACUGUCACAAGUUCGCUAUGACGAUGUGUUCGCCACAUAUUUGCUUCUAGGAAGAAAAAGCACAGAUCCCGAAUCAGACGGUUCCCGGUCCGGGUCUUCCCUCUCGCUGAGGAAUAUCGCAGGAAAUGAUGCAGCAGUUGCGGGUAAUUCCACUGUUCAGAGUCCAACGCAUCGUGGUGUCCAUCGAAGUAUCUCAGCGUCGAGUACUAAACCGAACAGGAGGGCUUCAAGUGGUGCUGAAACACUGCAAAUAUUCCAUCGUUUCAUAACAGGUGUUGGUCCCACGGCGGCCGUGGUGGCGGCGGCAGCGGCCGCGGCGUCUGGCACGACGAAUGCUGCCAACAAUCACACAACAGCGGCCGCAGCGACGGCAACAAGUGGUGCCACUUCGUCUACCGAGAGAGCUUCGAUAAGCAGCAACUUUAAGCGACAAAAUACAAUAGAUUCAGCCACCAUAAAGGAGAAUACGGCACGUUUGGCAGCACAAAAUCAACGACCAGCAUCGGCUCAGCCAAAACCCGUGGCAGCAACUGAAAAUGCAAUUUCAAGUCCAGCCAAACCACGCAGCAGCGCAACAAAGUACGAUCCAACUAAUGGCAAUCGCACAGUUGGUCCCAGUGGCAUGAUUCCGAGGCGCUCCACCACGCUGUACGAGAAGACAUCAUCGACGGAGAAGACAAAUGUUCUACCGGCAGAGUCAAAUUUGCUGAAUCGCAUCAGAUUGACACCAGCUGCUAAAUCUAGCCGUCACUUUCCCCGAAAUGUUCCAUCACGAUCCACUUUUCAUUCAGGGCAAACCAGAGCCAGAAAUAACACAGGACUUGAGUAUUCGGGAACUGGUGGCACGACUGGAGACUCGCCACAUUCAGGAAGGACGAGUUUUUUCUCCAAAAUCUCCUCCCGCUUCAGUAAACGGCCCACCGAUGGCCAAGCAAACUCCACAUCAAACAAUAUUAGUGGAUCAAACACGGAAGAACCGGUGAAGCCGAGAGUGCUGCGCUUCACGUGGUCCAUGAAGACGACGUCGCCACGGCUCCCAGAUGAAAUUAUGGCGGAGAUUCGAUCGGUGCUGGACAAGAACAAUUGCGACUAUGAGCAACGAGAAAGAUUCGUUCUACUCUGUGUUCAUGGUGAUCCGAACACGGAUUCGCUGGUUCAGUGGGAAAUUGAGGUGUGCAAAUUGCCAAGACUGUCACUCAAUGGUGUUCGUUUCAAACGUAUUUCAGGUACCAGUAUUGGCUUCAAGAAUAUUGCUUCUAAAAUCGCGUACGACCUCCGACUGUGACUCGAUCCCAAGCCUGAGCAGCAGCAGCCGCCGCCGGGCGCAAGUGGGGCGCCCGACGAGGCGUUCCGGGGCGACGAGGAGCCCUGUGUGGUGGAGGAGGUGGACGAGGAGGAGCUGGACGAGGCGGAGGGUGGCGAGCGGGAUGAGAAGAAGGCAGCAACUGCUGCUGCUGCUGCUGCUGCGGCGAACAGGAACAGCAAGAUUGGCUACAACAACAUCAUCGCGUCGCUGCUGCGAACGACAACACUGUAAAUAUUCUCUGACCCUCAUUUAGGGGAAGUUUCACCCUAUCUUUCUCUCCCUCAGUUUCCUUUUCUUUUGAUUAUGCCUGAAAUUUACAUGCCAAAUUGUUUAAUAGUGCGAAUAGAAAGAGAAAGAGAGAGAGAGAGUGAGAGAAAAAAUACACUUCUGCUCUACAAGGUGAUUUAUCGUCAAUGCCGACGAAGGAGUGAUUUUUCCGUUUCACUCAAUGAAUUUCACACAAUUUAUUUUGCCAAAUUUGAAACACAGAAGUCGCUAGUUGAGUUGACAGACAUUUUUUCGAGCCAAAAAAAAAUGUGCUCAUUGUUAAAUUUCAAUUUGCGAAUGAGUGCAAAAUUGAGCGUGACGAGAGGAAAAUGUGUCAUUUUUCAUCAGCAUCAUGAAAUCCAUAACAUUCUGCCAAUCUGAGUCAUAUAAUAGUUAUGAGAUAUUCUGCAAUGGUGAAAUUUUAAUACGCGAAAAGCUGAGCGCAUCAUAAAACCCGCUUCAGUGCUUUUGUAAAUGAUUUUUUUUUCUUCAAUUAUUUACAGAGAUUAAUUAAAUUGUCUGUUUGAUAUGGAAAUGAAAUCCAUUAAGCUCGCACAAUUUUAAUGCUUUUUAUUAUCGGAUUUUCAAUGCUGAUUAAGUUUUUUUACAUCCGCAUUUUUGACAGUCUUUAUAGGAGAAAUUUAAUUGAAAUUGGACAAUUUCAUCAAGAUUGUCAAGAGUUAUUCAUUUAUUUUUCAUUUGUGGUAUUAAUUUUCCGUAUUUCCCAAUUUGUGGAAUUUGAGAUAUUGCGUGGGAAAAAGGCGCGCAAUGGUGGGAAAAAGGGAGGAAAAGUCAUUGUCACGCCUUUUACUGCCUGAAUUAUUGAAAUUAAUGUGAUUUAAUUAGCAAAAUUACAUGGAGAACAUAUGCAGAAGAUUUCAAACGUCACCGCAUUCGUACAUCUUGUGUUGAGCGCGAAGUUGAGAACAUGUCAGUUGAGUGAUGAAUAUGAAAUUGCCAUCUGAUGUGGUGAUGGUGAAUGGGGAAAAGUUUGUGGGUUGGUUGGGAAAUAUUCCUUUGCCUCCGUCGUCAACUGUGUGUUCCUAUUCAAUGUCCUGGAGCGCGAUGGCCAAGUGAAUGGGAAAAUGAUCCGAUUGCCUUCACUAAAUUUCCUCUGAAAGGAAAUAAGCAAGGGAAAUUGUCAUUUUUUGCUCAAUGCGGAUUUCUCUGGGUCAGUGAAGUUUGUUGAAACGGGAGGAGCGAAAUUGUCUACAAAUGACCGCGUAAAUAAUGACGAAGAGCGAUGCUCUUCAAUCAGGACUUAAGAGUCUUUUCACACUUGAAGACAAUUGUAAGUAAUUUUCGUGCUCAAAACAGCAGACAGACUCUCAUCAUUUCUGCUUUUCACUUUCACCUCAUCAAAUGCAAUAAAGUGGAUGAAAGUGAAAGAAAGGAAGAAAAAAAAUAUACCGGAUUCAGAGGGUGUGAGAAAAAGCCGAGUGGGGGAGAAUGGUUGGGCGUGUGAUGAAUUUUCCACCCAGAGAUUGUCGUCAAGGAAAAGGUGCGCGCUGAUGGGGAAUGAGGAAAAUUAAUGAUAAAAUAUUUCCAGUGGCAUGUCUCUCUUUGUGGAUUGAAUACGCAGUGGCAAGAGAGGAGAAAGAUGUGAUAUUUCUCUGACAUUUGAGUGCGUGCGUUGAUUUAUUGAGGAGUGAAAAUGAGACGAAGAAAAAAUUCUUCUCAAUGCGGCUUCUGUGUUUAUUCAUUCCUUCAGAUUCUUGAUUUUUCAUAAUGCGGAAAAAGUGUUGCCCAAUUUGCACGCAAUUGGCAAGAUUUUCGAAAAAUGUCGUAGAAAACGUUAAAUCCUUUUCUAUAUAGAAUAUAUGGUGUACAUUUCUAAAGAGAAACAUAUAAUAUGUUGACUGAUGAAAGACAUACAUUCGUAGAAAUGCAGAAAAUCACGAUGGUCGAUGAGAGGGUCUUUUUUCCCUUGGCAAAAAUUUGUCGUUAAACAAGAAUACGAAGAAGAAAGUAAGUAAAAAGCACUGUGCAAGAAUGCGUGAAAUGUUGUAGAAAUUUAACGUGAGGUUGAUUUUGAAUGAAUGUGGAAAAUCCUUUUUUGGUAGAGAAGAAGAAUUUUGAAGAAUUUUCAUCAUCCCCCAAAAAUGUCUCUCACACUCGCAAAACAUUCUCGAGAGGGAAAAGGGAAAAAUUAAUAAAAUAAAUGUACUUAUCGCGAAGGGAAGAGAUAAGCGUUGUGAGGAGUAAAUGAAAUAGCAGCAGAGCAAAAGAAUCUCUCUCGAGUGUCCUCGAAAGCCCAAAAAGAAUAACAAUUUCCUUUCUUCUCAAGAGGCCUUUUUCCUCCCUCUUCAGCUCCUCCGCCGCCCUCACACAGUCGAAAUGAUAAUGAGAAAUAAUGAUGCGAUGCUGUUAGCAAAAGUGUAACUUAGCCGACAAAAGGCAAACAGGGAGUAAAUUGUGGUAAAUUGUUGAGGUAAUAAAAUAUUUUCACUGAUUGCUGGACGCAAAUUGAUAUAAAUGUAACAAUAUCGUUGGGUGAAAUUAAGAUGGAUUUUCUGUGGGGUGAGUUUAGAGCUGAAGAGAACUCUCAAGUCGCUGUCACUUUGUUGAUUGAUAAAACAGAAGCCACGCCCACUGCUAUUCUCCGCCUCUUCAGCAUGAUAAAUCAUCAUUCAAUUGACUUUUACCUUGGAGAAACAGCGCCCUUUGACUCUUGUCUGUUUCACGGUGAAGCUAAAGACAAUUGGACAAUUGUCAAUGGGAGAGAAUGUGAAAAAUGGGAAUUUGUGGAAUGUUGAGGUGGGCAGAAAAGCGUGCGGUGAGAGAGGAAACAAAUGGAAAAGCUCUUUUUCCAUUAAUUUGGGCUUCAGCUGAGGAAUUACUGGGCUCUCUUUGUCCAUCGUAGAAAGGCGGAAUCACAUUGAUUGUCAUCCCCAUUUUCAUCCCUAUGUGACUUGUGUGAGUGUGUUUGUGCGCGCGCGAAGUGCAAAUGAGAAAUAUUAGUCAAUAAGGAGUUAUUAAGAAAUAUGGAGAAGAAUUUAACAUUGAGAGCCAUCGUGAAAUUAUAGGUGAAAAUAUUGAAUUAAUCAAGAGUUAAUAAAUUUCUAUGUGUUCUACAAGUAGACGCAGAAGAGUAUAUAAAAUUUACAUGAGUAGCAUUAGCUUCUACUUAGGACAUUUCACGAAAUCUUUUCUGAUAAAGAAAAACAGAAACACACACAUUUUGACGGUAAUGUAAAUGAUGGAAAUGAAAUUUCCAGAAUGACUUUUUCACUAAAUGUUCAUUGAAAGUCAUUGAGAAGUCACUUUAGAUAUGGAUAGAGAGAGAGAGAAGGGGGGGAUUUUGAAGUAUAUAUAUAUAAAUGGAAUUUUAAUCUCAUAAACAUGCACUUUGAAAAAAAAACGAGCUAUGAAAAAUCCUCAUUUCAUUGAUGAUAUAAAAACAAACAUGGAUAAACACUAAAAAAAAUAUAAAUAAAUCACACACAAAAUUGCGUGUAAAACUGAGAGGAGAAUAACUUAAUAAAAAUAAAAGAAUUUUAAUGAUGAUGAUGAGAUAAAUUAUAUGAAAUAAUUAAAUAAAUGAGAUAUAAAAGAAAUAUUGCAUUACUGAACAUGGAUUAAUUCUAAGGAAAAUAUAUAAUUGAUGAGAAAAAAGGACAGAUAAAAAUAUUUAGAGAUGAAGGAAGGAAAGAAAAGUGUGAGAAAAGUAGAAUUUCUUUAAGUCAAUAAGUGAAAGAAAAAAACAAUUUGUAAAUAUAUUUAAAAAAAAAUUAUUUGUAAUUCUUUUAUGAGUUCUUUUUCGGGUGAGGGCAUUUUUUCCAUAAUUACUCGUAUCUUUGUUUUUCGUAUUUUCCAAAAUGCCUCGAUAAUCUUUUCAAUGCAAUUCUUGACGAUCAAUUUUUUUUCUUCUUAAUUCUAUUUUCUGAAAAGAACAAACAUAAUGAAAAUAGUUUAUAGCCUAGAAAUCAUACCAUAUUUUUCAAACGGAUAAUGAAUGAAAUAAAAAAUCUCCCCAAUAUAAUUUAGAAGUCGAAAAAAAAUAAUUGAAAAUAUCAAACAAUGCUUUCAAUGUCGCAUAAUGAAUAGGUAUAAAAUACAAUUUAAAAGAAAAGAAAAAAACCAAUCAAUUUCUCACCAUUCUCACAUUAAAUAAUGAAUAACAUUUAUUUCUCUCAUGAAAUAUCAACAAUCUAAAAGAAAAGAAAAAUAGUGGUUUAUGUAGCUGAGAUAAUAAAAAGAUGAUUGAAUAGUAAACUGAAGAAUUAAAAAAAAAGUAGUGCAGAGAAAAUAGGAAAUAAUUUUAAAGCAUAAUUAAAGAAUUAAGACAAAUGAGUCUUUGGAGUGGUUUUGACUAAUGGUGAAUGAGAAAUAUAUUCAAUGAAAUUAUUCGUUGUAUUUAUUUUCAUUUGAAGUUCCGAUCUUUUUUUUGCUUUUGUGCUGAAGACACUUUGGCAGCAAAAUGCAUCAUUAAUUUAUGAUUAUGAAAAUGCGCGCAAAAAAUGUUGAUGCAUGUGAAAUGAUUAGAUAAAAAAAAAUACACACAGCCACUUACACACAUUGAACUAAAAGUGAGUAAAAAAAAGAAGAGAGAAAAUACAAUAUUAUAAAAAGAAAAUGAGAGAAAAGUUUAUAAUUAUAUAUUUUGCAUUAUUGAUUAAUUAUGACAUUGUAUUAUUGUAGAAAAUAUGAUAACUGAUAUGAAAAGUGAAGAA